UGGUGCGGUGUACAUACAUAUGUGCCGUUCCACACGUACGUACGUACACCCGUGACUGACUUCUCGCUGUACGUAUCGCCGGCGUCAUCUCUCUGAUUUGGCUUCCUGUGCCGUUCGUGGAGCUUAAAUCCUACUCGCAUUAUCAUUGUCCUCCCGUAAGUACGUGAUAAUGACACUGCUAUAGUUACGAGUGCUCGCAUGCAUGGAGGCCAGCUGCAUGUCUUCGCCGGUGACCACGGACGCCGCCGGCGCCGUCCGCGUGGACGAUGAUGCCGCCGGGCUCAGCAAGCCGCUCCUGGCGAACGGCAAGGAGAAGAAAGGUGCCGUGAAGGCCAGUGAGAGGUACUGGGUGGAUGUCGACCAGCCGGACGUGGCGUCGGCGGCAGAUUUGGAAGGCGGCAGCGGCCGGCCGCUGCUGUUCCGGAACAGGAGGGUCAAGAACAUACUUCUCUACCCGUACAGGGCAUUGACUGUCAUACGUUUGAUUGCCGUCAUCUUCUUCAUCACAUGGCGCAUCAAGCACAACAAAUCAGACGUCAUGUGGUUUUGGGUGACGAGCAUCGUCGGGGAUGUAUGGUUUGGCUUAUCAUGGCUAAGCUACCAGCUCCCAAAGUUCAACCCCAUCAAACGGGUACCUGACCUUGCUACACUCAGGCAACACUAUGACCUACCAGAUGGGAGUUCCCAUCUCCCAGGCAUUGACGUCAUCGUCACCACUGCCAGUCCUAUAAAUGAACCCAUUUUAUACACCAUGAAUUGUGUCCUCUCCGUCCUUGCAGCCGACUACCAUAUUGAUAGAUACACCUGCUACUUAUCAGAUGAUAGUGGAUCAUUGAUCGUUUACGAGGCAUUGGUUGAGACUGCAAAGUUUGCUGCUAUUUGGGUUCCCUUUUGUCGAAAGCAUCGCAUUGAGCCGAGAGCACCAGAGAGCUAUUUUGAAUCAGAGGAGUCGGUGAUGGUGUACAGAGGAAGACCACAGCAAGAGUUGAUGAGCGAUUAUAAGCAUGUGCGUGCGCAAUAUGAAGAGUUCAAAGUCUACUUGGAUAAGCUUCCUAAUAGCAUUCAACAGAGGUCAGAUGUUUACAAUGGAAUGGAAACAAAGGGUGGUCAUGCAAAAGCGACCUGGAUGGCUAAUGGGACACAAUGGUCGGGCACAUGGAUUGAUCCAAUAGAAAACCACAGGACCGGUCAUCAUGCAGGAAUUGUUCAGAUUGUGCAGGAGCAUCCAAAACAUAUGGCCCAACAGAGCAUUGGCAACCCUCUAAACGUUGAUGAUGCUGAUUUACUCCUCCCGAUGCUUGUCUACGUGUCUCGUGAAAAGAGCCCACAUUAUGACCACAAUAAGAAAGCGGGUGCCCUGAAUGCGCAGUUACGUAUCUCCGCCUUGCUCUCCAAUGCUCCAUUUAUUAUCAACUUUGAUUGCGACCACUACAUCAACAAUUCACAAGCACUACGCGCAGCCGUGUGCUUCAUGCUAGACCAACGAGAAGGAGAGAACACAGCAUUUGUUCAAUUCCCGCAACGGUUUGAAAAUGUUGACCCGACAGAUCGAUAUGGGAACCACAACCGUGUCUUCUUUGAUUGUGCCAUGUAUGGCCUUAAUGGUCUGCAAGGGCCUACAUAUCUUGGCACUGGCUGCAUGUUUCGCCGUGUUUCACUCUACGGCAUUGAUCCGCCUUGUUGGAGACCAGAUGACAUCAUAGUCGACACCAGCAAGUUUGGUAAUUCGGUACCCUUUUUGAAAUCUGUGUUAACAGCCAUCAAGCAAGAACGGUAUGUCACACCACCACCAUUAGAUGAGCUGUUUCUUUCUGAGAUGAUUGCUGUUGUGUCAUCUUCAUAUGAUAAGGAGACAGAGUGGGGUAGGAGUGUUGGCUACAUUUACAACAUAGCAACAGAGGACAUAGUAACUGGUUUCCGUAUCCAUGGGCAAGGGUGGCGCUCCAUGUAUGGUACAUUAUUAGAACGUGAAGCGUUCGUUGGCACUGCGCCAAUCAACCUAACCGAGCGCCUACACCAAAUAGUACGAUGGUCCGGUGGCUCCCUAGAGAUGGUCUUCUCCCAUAACAAUCCAUUCUUUGCUGGGCCUCGACUCCAAUGGCUACAACGGGUUUCAUAUAUCAAUUUCACUGUCUAUCCAAUCACAUCACUCUUCAUACUAAUGUAUGCCUUAUGUCCAGUGAUGUGGCUUCUACCACGGGAAAUAUUCAUUCAAAAGCCGUUCGCUACCUAUGUUUUAUACCUUAUCGCUAUCAUAGUGAUGAUCCAGACAAUUGGCUUGUUUGAGAUAAAGUGGGCAGGGAUCAGAUGGCUCGAUUGGUGGCGCAACGAGCAGCUCUUCAUGAUCGGUUCCACUAGUGCUUACCCGGUGGCGGUGAUGCACAUGGUAGUGAAACUUCUCUUGAGGAAGGGUAUAUAUUUUAGAGUCACUACAAAGCAAGCAGUGGUUGAUAUGGACGACAAGUUUGCUGAGUUGUAUGAAUUGCGAUGGGUGCCCAUGAUGAUCCCUGCGAUAGUGGUGUUGUUCUCCAACAUCUUGGCUAUUGGUGUAGCGAUAGGUAAAUUCAUCCUAUACAUAGGGACAUGGUCAGCGGUGCAGCAGAGGAAUGCUGCACUAGGUCUCAUGUUCAAUAUGUGGGUUACAAUGCUCCUUUACCCAUUUGCACAAGCAGUGAUUGGACGGUGGGGCAAGAGACCCGGCAUCCUCUACAUCCUGUUACCGAUUGCUUAUGUAGCCAUUGCGCUGAUGUAUCUUUGCAUCCAUGCAUUCCUUGUCCAUUUCCUUCCAUCCAUGGUGAUAUAGCAAAGACCAUUGUAUCCUUACUUGAUACUGAAUUGUCAUUCUUAAUUACCAGCAUGUACAUAUAUUUGAAUUGUUCUAUAUUCUGCAAUAAAAUGUAAUUCCAAAUGGACAAUGACAUCGACAUGUAUAUCAUAUUUUUGGCUUUUAAA